UUCUCACACAUUCUUAUCACUUACUCAGUCUCGCUCACUCAGUCGUCCGUACAUUUUUACUCGUAUCUUUCCAUAACUCUCUUGCUCUGCUUUCUUUGGAGAAAACAGAGUAUGGAGCGUUUAUCUUUUAUCUGUUGCUUUCUCUUGCUCAUUUCCAUCUCAGUAUUUGCAGAUGCGGGUUCAAUCGGAGUGAACUAUGGCCGAAUAGCGAACAACCUUCCCUCCGCCGUGAAAGUGGUUCAGCUUCUGAAAUCUCAGGGUCUUCAGCGGGUCAAGGUUUACGACGCCGACCCUGCUGUCUUGAAAGCCUUAGCUGGUACAGGGAUCAAAGUGACCGUAGAUCUACCCAACGAGCUUCUUUACGCGGCAGCCAAACAACAAUCUUUCGCCAACACAUGGGUUCAGAAAAAUGUCGCUGCUUACUACCCAUCUACCGAGAUCGAAGCUCUUGCUGUUGGAAACGAAGUCUUCGUCGACCCUCAUAACACCACCAAGUUCCUCAUCCCAGCAAUGAGGAACAUUCAUACGGCUCUUGUCAAGAACAACCUCCAUUCCGCCAUCAAAAUUUCAUCCCCCAUUGCUCUUAGCGCCCUCCAGAACUCGUACCCAGCAUCUGCGGGUUCGUUCCGACCGGAGCUUGUCGAAAGCGUUUUCAAACCCAUGUUGGAUUUCAUUCGCGAAACCGGGUCGUUCCUCAUGGUAAACGCUUAUCCAUUUUUCGCUUACGAGUCGAAUUCUGAUGUUAUCUCUCUAGACUAUGCUCUGUUCCGUGAGAAUCCCGGCGUUUUGGAUGCGGGUUCCGGGUUACGUUACUUCAACCUCUUCGACGCACAAAUUGACGCUGUUUUUGCCGCAAUGUCUGCUUUGAAAUACGACGACAUAAAGCUUGUCGUUUCUGAAACGGGUUGGCCAUCAAGGGGAGACGAGAAUGAGGUCGGUGCCAGCUUGGACAACGCUGCAGCCUACAACGGAAAUCUGAUCCGUCGAGUUUUAACCGGUGGUGGGACUCCGCGAAGGCCCAAAGAUGAUCUCACCGUUUAUCUAUUCGCUCUCUUUAACGAAAAUAAAAAGAACGGUCCCACAUCGGAAAGAAACUACGGGCUUUUUUACCCCGACGAAAAGAAAGUUUAUGAUAUCCCUUUUACCGUCGAGGGUUUAAAGAGCUACCACGACGACCCGUCACCGGUUAGUGGAGGAGAACCCGAAGGUCAACAAGUGACUAAACCGGUCAACGGCGGUGGUGUGUCGAAGAGUUUGACGGGGAGCACGUGGUGCGUUGCGAAUGCUCAAUUGGGGAAAGAAAAGCUACAGGCAGCUCUAGAUUUCGCUUGCGGUGAGGGUGGUGCUGAUUGCCGUCCGAUCCAACCAGGCUCCACGUGUUACGAUCCUAACACCAUUGAGGCCCACGCCUCGUUCGCCUUCAAUAGUUAUUAUCAGAAGCAGAGCCGUCAGAUGGGGUCUUGUUAUUUUGGCGGGGCUGCGUACGUUGUUACUCAACCACCCAGGUAUGGAAAAUGCGAGUUUCCCACUGGUUACUGAAGAAAAAAAUGGAAAAAGAAAGUAGGGAUGAAUGGUUUGGAGGACUAUACAUCAUUAUAUUAGUAUUAGGUUUCAUGUAUGUUUGUAGCUUGGACAUGUUAUUAUGAUGCUUACAAAUUUUGGAGCCUCUGGCUUUUGUAUGUAUUUUGUUGGUUAUUUUAGACGGUUUUAACUUAACCCAUUAUGUUUAUAUAUUAAUUAGACGAUUUGUUUCA